CUGACUGGAGGCCGCGGCGACGGAGGCGCGAGCUGCCCGAUAAUGGCGGCCUGCAGAGCCCGUGAGAGGGAGAAGCGGCAGUGGCUACCCUGAGGUAAAUCCGGCCCUCCGGCCUGGCAGAGAGGCCCUGCUGCACAGCCGAGGGUCCUGCACGUGCCCCCCUCUGCGGGGGGCCUGUCACAGACCUGUCAGCGGAGUCAACCUGGAGAAGGCCUCGCGCUCCUCCGGCCUCCGACUGGCACGCCUCAGGCCACCGGCCCCAUCUGCGGUCUCCUCUUAUGACCCUGGCCUCGGCCUCCAGCCCCGAAAGGUGGGGGCAGCCGCAGGACUGGCCCCCCGCGGGUGAAGGGCCUCGGGAGGAUCCCCUCCGGGUUCCGCCUGGACUCAGCUGAGGAGGGGGUGGGUCUGACACUUGGCCAAUGAGCUGGGCCCUGCGCCGCCGCGCCGGGCCGCACCUCUGCCCAGGACUGGCCCUUCGCGGGCACCUGCAGGUGUGCGGCCCGGCGGCCCGCGCCCGAGCGCCGAACUAGCCCAGUGGGCGUGGGGGCCCGGGCAACGCCGGCCCCGGUGGCGGAGGUCCGCGCAGGAUGCAUCACCGUGCCGUGUUCUGAUCCGGAUCGCCAGGAUUUCAUAAACACCCUCCCUCCCCCAUAUGGGACAGCUUCAAAGACACGGCCACUUUGAGAUGGACAAUAACUGGAGAUCCACGGAGAGCAGAAAAGAAAGUCCACUGUGUAAUCGGGACACAAGAUUCUGGGCCAGGAAAUCAGACACUAGGAAAUGCACUAGGAAUGUGCAGGGUGGGUGUCCAAUCAGAAGAAGUGGGACUGAGAAGCACUCUCGGACGCUUUUGUUUUCUUUAUUAAAUCGAUACUUGGACUUAAAAGUAGCUGUUCCGAAUUUUUCAGGCUCGAGGGUCAGGAGGUUUUUUGUUCCCCCAAAGAGAGCCCCUUGAUUUGUAGGACAGUUUUUGUUGGCAAAAACGAAGUAGACCUAAAUAACUAUUGUUCAACCACAGAAUGAAACCUUGACCUUGAAGAUGGUGAGUAGCCAGCCAAAGUACGAUCUAAUACGGGAGGUAGGCCGAGGUAGUUACGGUGUUGUGUAUGAAGCAGUUAUCAGGAAGACCUCUGCACGGGUGGCAGUGAAGAAAAUUCGAUGCCAUGCUCCUGAGAAUGUUGAACUAGCCCUGCGUGAGUUCUGGGCACUAAGCAGUAUCAAGAGCCAACAUCCAAAUGUGAUUCACUUGGAGGAAUGCAUCCUGCAAAAAGAUGGAAUGGUGCAAAAGAUGUCCCAUGGCUCUAAUUCUUCUCUUUAUUUACAGCUUGUAGAGACUUCAUUAAAAGGAGAAAUUGCCUUUGAUCCCAGAAGCGCCUAUUACUUGUGGUUUGUGAUGGAUUUUUGUGACGGAGGAGAUAUGAACGAGUACCUGUUAUCCAGGAAACCCAAUCGCAAAACGAACACCAGCUUCAUGCUUCAGCUGAGCAGUGCCCUGGCUUUCUUGCAUAAAAACCAGAUCAUCCACCGAGAUCUUAAACCUGAUAACAUCUUGAUUUCUCAAAGCAGGUUGGAUACCAAUGACUUGGAACCCACACUGAAAGUGGCUGAUUUUGGCCUAAGUAAAGUGUGUUCGGCCUCUGGACAGAACCCAGAAGAACCUGUCAGUGUAAACAAGUGUUUCCUCUCCACAGCCUGUGGAACAGAUUUCUACAUGGCUCCUGAAGUGUGGGAGGGACAUUACACAGCAAAAGCUGACAUCUUUGCUCUGGGGAUUAUCAUCUGGGCAAUGCUGGAAAGGAUCACAUUUAUAGACACAGAGACAAAGAAGGAACUCUUGGGGAGUUACGUGAAACAAGGAACUGAGAUUGUGCCUGUUGGGGAAGCACUUCUGGAAAAUCCCAAAAUGGAACUUCUCAUUCCUGUGAAGAAAAAGUCUAUGAAUGGGCGAAUGAAACAACUGAUUAAGGAAAUGCUGGCUGCAAAUCCUCAGGAUCGUCCAGACGCUUUUGAACUAGAACUCAGAUUAGUACAAAUUGCAUUUAAAGAUAGCAGCUGGGAAACGUGACACAUAUAUUAUUUGCAAAUAUAUUGGAUGAUAUGCUGCUUCUGUUUUUUAACAGUGAUGCAACAUAAUAUGGCUGAAAAAGGAUAUAAAAAGAUGAACUCCACCUUCUAUGGGGUUAGAUUUUAUUGUGGGGUGUUUUUUUCCUCAUUUUUCUUAAGUCCAAGAUGGCCAUUUUGUUAGUAUGUUUUAAAUGUAUUACCAAUGUGGGUGUAAAUUUUUUUUAGUGAUCAUUGGUAGAAGUUUGACAGGAAAAUUCUCUAAGAGCCAAGAAGAAAAGAGAGUCCAGUUUUCUGGAAAUAUGUCUCUAAGUAUUUUAGACAUUCCUUGUCAGUAUUAGGAAUUUCCAUGGAAGAAGAGGUUUGCAUGCUGGUAAUGCAACCUUUGAAGAUUUGUAAAGGAAACAUAUAUGUAUAUAUUUAUGUAUAUGUAAGUAUGUGAAUGUGUGCAUUUUGCAUUCCAUAUGAAGAAAAUGCCACUUCUGUUUAAAUUAUUUGAUGUAGGUUUGGGUUUUUUGAGAUUUGCUGGUGAAAUCAGUGAUGAGAAAUAAAAGAACCUUCCUUCAUCAUCCUACCCUGUCCCUCCCUCUAAUGAAAUCAUACUAAGUUUUUUAUUUUUGUAAUAUACAAUUUUUAAGGGAUCAUUUUGGAGGGCCUAAAAUAAUCUAAUUAAACCUAAACGAAAUUAAGUGAUCCAAAGCUGCUGAAGUAUGUUUGAACUCUCCAGUGCCCUAUAGCUGCAGGAAUAGAAUUAGCCACACAGUCACGUGGUAGCAGGUUGGCAAGGAUAUUUAUGAUUCAGUCUUACCUUCUUUAGGUAGCAAAGCAUUCGAUUAACCAGUUAAACCACUGCACUGGGACAUGUCUGCACUUGAGCAUCUGCAAUCCGAAUACAGGAUUUUUCUGUUUCUGAAGACAUUGCUAUAUAUAUGUACUACAGUACUUGAUAUAUUAACUUUUAUUUUAAGACUUUUUGUCUGAGCCUCAGCAUAAAAUUGAAGAAACCAAAUGAGCUCUAUCCUCACAUUACCUGCCCUAAUAGGGUCUCUUGUUUCAUCACUGGAAUUCCUUUCAUUUUGGCACUAAUGCUGUCUUCUCUUGUCUAAUUUGACACAGUAAUGGUAGUGAUGUAGUUGUAUUAAAUGUUGAUCACCUUUUGUUAAUGUGGGAGAUGAUACCUUUAUAGUUUGGCAAAUGGAUAAUAUAUUGUGGCAUCAACUAUAUCUUUCAAGUAGAAAAGUUAGAGACUUUAUACAAUCACUUGGUAUGGUCUAUGUCAAAACCAAUGGACCAUUAUUCUUCUGGAAGUCAGUUUGACUUUUGCCUUCCAUGGUUGUCUCCAGUUUGUUUUUCUGUAAAUGCAGGUAGUUAAUAUCUAAGGAAAGAAGUUUUUCCUAAAACAGAACAUUAGCCUUUAAGGUUAGAGAGAACUUAAAAUCAUGUAUCUAGGUUAACCUUUAUUAAAGCACUAGAAUCUUUGGUCAAAAGUAUUUUAAAAGAUUAGAAUAUUGAAAUCAUUGAUAGUUUGCAUAGUCUCUUCAGAUGUUCUUUUUGAAUUCCACAACUUUUGGAAUAUUGCUAUCAUAAAUUUUUCCUUAUUUAAAAUUUGUUCAGGGGACUAUAGGAGGUGAAAAAGCACAAAGAAAUUAGAGUACAUAAAAUUUCUGAACUAUGUGUUACUUGAUCCAGAUGUUCAAAACUUGGGCUAAAAGGUUUUAUUGAAAUAAAGCCUUUUAAAAUAAAAACAAAAGAAAUCAUUUUAACAUCACUUUCAAGAUAACAAGAGGUGGAAAACUGGCACUUCAUGAUAACUGACCCUCUGGGUCACCAAGUUAGUAUAACAGAUCUGGCCAAGGGGAUCGAGUUAUUGGAAAUAAAAAGCACCGUUACAGUGUCUGUCAGUAAUGUGGCAGAGGUUCACGAUUCAGGUGAUAGCAUUCCAGCACUUCAUUUGCUCUUCGAAUAUCUAUGUGCUUGGAGCCAUGGUUUCCUAAGUACAUAGUUUUUGGUCCUGCUUUAUUUAAAAGUUAAUGAUUAUAAUUUAUUUUGAAAGAUUUUACCUGUGAAGCAGAAUUCUUCCAUUGGUGGUAAGGGUGUGAGGUGAUCAGGUAGUUUCUUCUGGAAUUUUUUUAAGUCCUUGUAUUCUAAAAUAGACUAUGACACCAAGCAAAAUGAUAGUAAAUUCUUUGUCUUUAUUCUUUCAGUCAGGAGGUAUCUAUUAAGUACCUACUGUGUGCUCAGCACUAAAGGUCAGUUGAUAAAAUGACAAUUUAGCAACAGUUUAUAGCCACAGGUCUUUUCCAACCAGGAGUAAAAAAUACAAGAUGAUUAGUGGUACUUGAAAAUUCCUGAAUAUUCGCUAGAGGAAAAAUGAAAGCAAGAAUUUGUAUAGUGCCUUGCCCAUAAUAGGUACUCAGUAAACAAUUAUUCUUCAUAGAGUCUCUUGCCAUGGUUUAUAGUGUUUUAUGAAAUUUGUCUUAAUUGAAAAAAGACCAAAUAUUUCAAAUAAGCUUAUAGGCAGCUGUGGCCGGUUAAAAUAUGGGGUUGUACAGUUAGUUCCUAGAAUGUUAUUUUGCACUAGUUGUCACUUAGAACGAUGGGGUUCCUGUAGAUUUUUUGGUGCUAAGGGAUACUUUGUCAUUAUGAUAAAGUAAGUGUUAAGUGUCAGAUAAAUAGCACACUGAAUUGUUUUUUCUGCUGGUCUGUUUUUUCCUCUUUGUUGGCGUUUUUAAUUGUAAAAUGUUUAUCAAACUAUUGUAGCAGCUACAAAAUAAUUCACCAGCAUGA